CAAAACAGUUGUCUGCAGAUUGCCGGCAGAUUAUGUAGUUAAUCCAAACUGUGAGCUUUUAUACGUCCAGGAGUUUGACUGUGAGGUACAAUCCCAGGCUUAGCUUUAUCUGUGUGUGUUUUGUUAGUUUGCUGUCUUUACCCGCUGACAUGGGUCUGUGGACUGUUGGGAUUUCAACACCCGGGAUUUAGGGGCACCACUUUUAUGGAUAUCGUACCGUGAGGAUUCAAUAAUGACAAGACUGCUCUGUGCCAAAAGCUUGGUAGUUGUAUUCUGCGUGAAGGUUGUGUUUUUAGCUAAUUAACGUGUUGAACGCUGUGAGUGAAGAUGCUGCAGACUGGAAACUACUCCCUGGUGCUGCUGAUCCAGCUGUCUCUGUUGGCAUAUGACCUGUUUGUCAACUCCUUCAGUGAACUUCUGAGAGGCGCUUCUGUCAUCCAGCUGGUGCUGUUCAUAAUUCAGGACAUAGCCAUCCUCUUCAACAUGAUCAUCAUUCUCCUGAUGAUGUUCAACACUUAUGUGUUCCAAGUGGGGCUGGUGUCGCUGCUUAUCGAGCGAUUCAGAGCUCUCAUUGUGUUUGCAUCUUUGUAUUUGACCCUCAGCAUUUGCCUCCAUUGCUGGCUCCUGAAUCUGAGAUGGAUAGAGUCAGACUGGUUUGUUUGGACUGAUGGUCUUCAGGCUCUCUUUGUGUUCCAGAGAACAGUUGCCGUGUUGUAUUAUUACUUGUACAAGCGCACUUCAGAGUUUAUGGGAGACCCGAGGCUCUAUAAGGACUCGCAGUGGCUACGUGAGGCCUUUUCUAAAGGUCGAGAAUGAAAAAAGUGAUUUAGGGACUCGGACAAUUUAUCAGAAUAUAUUAUUCUGAUUUUGGACAAGCACCGGCAAAAUGGGAGAUCAGGGUGGGUCGAGUGUCAUUCACCAAAACAAGUGGAUCGUUGGCUUCAGCACUGUUCAAUUUCAGUCUCCACUGUGGCCUCACAUCCUAAUCUAUUUUUAUAGUUAAAAUGCCUGUAUGCACAGGAAGUUUUACAUGUUUGGAUACUUGCACUGUUAACUACAAAUUUUUGUGUAUGUUUUGCCUUAUGUCUACUGAUCACAUUUUUUUAUUCCAUAGUGCCACUGUGUUUUUUUAAUCAUUAAACAAUGCCUGCAUCAUCCUGGUGUAAUCUGUCAAUACCCCAAUACCACGUGCGUCAGUA